AUGAGUAAAUGUAAAAAGUACAAGGAGGAGAUCAAUGGAAAUCAUUCGGAAGUCAUCGCGAACGCCGGAGAUUGCGUGGAGAUCUGUCCGCGGAUCGGAAGGUAGAGCUUGAACUCGGCGGGCAGCUCGUCUUCCGUGUAGAGCCGGUCGGCGAAGUACACGCGACGGAUGCGGCAGUUCGCGUGGAUUUGGUUACACCAUAGCCCGCACCUGUUUGUACAUGGUGACCCAGGCAAGCUAUGAGUGGAAGAAUUCGGAUUCGAAUUGGAACGGCGAAGAAGCUUAUUGCUAAGCGUCUCGCUCACACGCUACCAACCAAAAAUGAGAUCAAGUCAUUCAACAUCGAUGAGAUCGUCACACUUCUGGAGGAUCUGGCCGGAGACGUCGAAAGUCUCACCAAGCAAGUGGUGACGUUGGAGCGGUGUGAGCAGGAAUGGAGGCACCUCGAACAAGUCAACCCAGACGAGGUCGCGGAACGGGAACGGUACGUAGCGAAAUACCAGGAUUUCGUGCCGUUCAUAGCCGAAGGACGGCAAAGAGUGGUCCUCAUCAAGGAACUCUACACGGUCGGUCACGAACGACUAACGGAAAUGGACAAGCGGGAAGCGGAACAGCACCUCACAGUUGAGGAACUAGCUGUACAGUUGGAAGACGACAUGCAGAGCGGCAUCCACAAGGAAGUCCGACAGGAGCAAGGAGACAAGCAGGACGGUAAAAGACUUGUCACCCCAGCCCGACAGGAUUCAAUGGAUACGAAUUCAACGGAACGGAACACCGGAGGAGCAGUGACUGACCCCAGAAGCAACAGGGCAGCACCAACGAGUCUCCCGGUGAACGAAGGAAGCGGAUUGACGGAUCUUCCGAGGACUGGAAGCGUCGUUCCACCUGUGCAGACAAUCGUCGCUCCACCAGUGCCUGUACAUUCUAUCGGUUAUGCGGUACCAAUGACCGUCGGACACAUUCAACUGCCUCAGAUGGCACUACCAGAGUUCAGUGGAGACAUUCUGGCGUAUCCAGCAUUUCGAGAAGCUUUCGAAUCGAUCAUGGGAAGCUUGGUAGUCGACGACCUCACGAAGUUGCACUACCUCAAGUCAGUGGUCAAAGGAGAACCUUCGAAGCUCAUUGCCCACAUUCGGACAACUCAGGCCAACUACCAACUGGCCAUCAACGCCUUGGAUCGACAGUACGGAGGACGUUUGAGAGUGAAGCAAGUCUUGAUGCAACAACUGCGAGACCUCCCGGACAUCUGCCACAGCAGCGAGGCAGAAGUACUUCAAAGCUUCGUCAUUCAAGCAACGUCCGUGUUUGAAUUGAUGAUUUCGGCACAGUGCGAUGUUGACAAUUCGGUCACAGCCAGUCUCAUCGAAUGCAAACUACCGAAGAGAAUCAUCGCGAAGAUCUACGGAACUGCGAACAGCGACAACCCGUUUUCGGCUGGCCCACUACUGGAGCGAUUACGGGACAUCGCCACCGGAGAGAUGUUGGUGGACUCCAUCUACAACAACAGGCGAGGAGACAGACAUCGCAACACUACGACAACCAUGGCCGCGGUACAUCAUCAACACAACAACAAGCGGCAUGGACAACCACAAGGACAUCGCAACAGUGGAGAGACACAUCAGCAGCGGAAUCGGGUGGACAAGCCAUGUGCGUUUUGUGUGGAGGAUCGGAUGAUGCAUCAACCAAAAGAUUGUCGGAAGUACCCAACAGCUGAUGUGCGCAAGGAACGAGCAAAAGAGCUGCGUUUGUGCUUCAACUGUUUGAGUUCUAGUCAUUCGGCGAAGCACUGUCAAGGAAGAUGCCAAGCGUGCCAGGGAAGACAUCACGAAGCAAUGUGCUUCCAUCGGGAGAAUGGCCAGCGACAGGGAGGAUUUGGUUCGAGUCCAGGAGGAUUCGCGGACGAAGGCAGAGGAGGAAGCGAACGAGUUCUUUCAAGAGACUAUGUAUCGUCGGGAGGAUGGAAGAUUCGUGGUUCGACUACCUUACUGCGACAAGGAUGGCAUCAACGACAACCGGAAACUGGCGUGGCAUCGACUCAUCGGAACCAUCAAGCGAUUGGAGAAGGAUCCGGAACUGUUGAAGAAGUAUGGAGCAAUCAUUGCCGAGCAGAUCGGAUUGGACUUCUUGGAGCGGGUCGAAGACGAAGGACACACGGACGGCGUUAUCGUACACUAUCUGGCACACCACCCCGUUAUCAAGAUGAGUUCCAAAUCAACGAAAAUCAGGAUGGUAUUCGAUGGCUCAGCUGUGUUCUUCAAAACCGAACGCUCACUCAACGAUCAUCUGCACACUGGAGAAAGCCUUCUACCGCAGAUUCAAGGUGUCAUGCUCAGAAUUCGUGUCAGGAAGAUCUUGCUCUCCGCGGACAUCCAGAAGGCAUUUUUGCAAAUGGAACUUCACGUGGAAGAUCGGGAUGCAACUCGCUUUCUGUGGAAAGAUCUGGAGUCUGGCAAGAUCGUGUGCUACCGAUUCAAACGGGUACCGUUUGGAUUGAAGUCGUCACCGUACCUUCUAAACCAGUGCCUCAAGACGCUGUUGUCAAGUCAAGAUCAGCCUAUCGCAAGGGACAUGGCCAGGAAUCUGUACGUCGAUAAUGUCUAUAUUGGAGUGGACAGCAUCGAAGAAGCCAAGGAGGCCUACCAUCAGUCGAAGGAGAUCUUGAAGCAAGCUCAGAUGAAUCUGUGCCAGUACGUGAGCAAUUGCACGGAAUCCAACCAGUUCUUUGCCGAGCAAGAACACGCGGAACCGGAAUCUGUGAUGCAGAAACUUCUGGGAGUGUCAUGGGACACAAGCACGGAUGAGUUCAUCUUCUCGUUUCCUUCCGUGGCUGCAGAACUGAUGACCAAGAGGAAGACACUGAAGAUCGUGGCGGGGAUCUACGAUCCUCAAGGAUUUCUCACCCCAACGACUUUGGCGGGAAAGCUGUUUUUCCAACAACUUCAUGGAUCGAAUUGGGAUGAACCGUUGUCAGGAGAGCAACAUCGACAGUGGCAGACGAUCAUGAAAAACUGGAAGGGGGAUCCUUGGAGAAUUCCUCGACGACUGUUCAACGAUGAGAUCUGGAAUUCCGCGAUUGCAAUUCAACUGCACGUCUUCACGGAUGCAAGUCAAUUGGCAUUUGGAGCGGUGGCUUACUUGAGAAUUCUGACCAGCGCUGGAGCGUUCAGUCAAUUUCUCAUGGCCAAGUCCCGCGUCGCCCCAAGGAAGGAACAUUCGAUUCCUGCAUUGGAGAUGGUUGGAAUUCUGUGUGGAGUCAGAGCUGCGAACUACGUCAUCAAGGAGAUGGACAUGAAGUUUGACGGAGUUUUUUUGUUUGGACAGACUCCUGUGCUCGCUCGACACUUUAGUCAACAACGGAAACAGUGGAACCAAGUUUAUCAGGAAUCGAGUCAAGUCAAUUCUGGAGCAAUCGGAGGGCUUCGAGUUCACACACGUCCCCGGAAAGCAGAAUCCAGCAGAUUACCUGACUCGUGGACUGAAGUUCGCGGACCUGAAAGAAUCAACAAGUUGGAUCAACGGACCAGGAUUCCUGCAGGAGACCAAGGACCUACCGCUUCGUCGAUUCACGUUGGAUCAAGUGGCUACUACACUCAUGACAUCGGCGGAGGUUAUCCACGAGGUCCCAAUUGACCCACACAAGUUUGGAUCGUUCCACCGAAUGCUACGGACGAUUAUGGUCAUGCUUCAAUUCAUGAUUAUGAUCACCAAGAGACGUUUACCAAAGGAGCAACGGGAGCAGUACAACCUGACCAACCACGAAUGUGCUACGCGGGCAAGAAGGAUAGCGUAUCGUUGGGCGCAAUGGAUUGACCCUCCGUCUGAACAAACAAUACGCAAUCUACGACUACGCCAGAAUCCGGAGGGCAUCUGGAUGUACCAGGGCAGAGUGGAACAACGGCCGUUGAUUUUCCUUCCUCAAGGACAAAUCAGUCGUCUUAUUGUUCUCGAUCUACACGAACGGUUCAGCCACGGCAGUCCACUUUUCACGUUGGCACAACUGAGAGCUGAAUUCUGGAUUCCAAGAGGUCGCGCCUUUUUGAAGAAGUCGAUUGGGAAAUGCUACGGUUGCCGCUACUUAUCCACACUGCCGUAUCGACAACCUGAUUUUGCGGCUUUUCCGGACCUCAGAAUCGCCCCGGCUCGACCAUUUGAGAACUGCGGAGUGGAUUUUGCUGGACCAUUGAAAGUCAAGAUGGAUGGAGCAGUUCGGAACAUCUACUUCGUGCUCUUCACAUGCCUCUACACUCGCUUCAUCCAUACGGCCGCAAUCAAAGACAUGGAGACUGUGACGUUUCUUCACACUCUACGAAGGAUGUGCGCAAUGUUUGGAAUACCCAAGAUCAUCGUUGCGGACAAUGCAACUCAGUUUGAGAUGCUCAACAACGUGUUGACGGAACUUCAACAACAACAACGGAACCGGAUUGUCAACUCGACUACUCUCCCGGAAUUCAAGUUCAUCAAAGCUCAUUCACCAUGGGCUGGAGGUGUCUACGAACGGAUGAUCGGCCUGAUAAAGAGAUCACUGACCCGAGCUGGAACGACACGCGUUCUAAUGAGCAUCGAGGACUUCACGACAGUUUUGGCUGAGUGCACAUCCAUUGUCAACAGCAGACCGUUGACGUACGUUGCCUCGGAUGAUGACAUCACCCCCCUACGACCGAUUGACUUUGUGUAUCCUGCCAACCGCUUUGACGGGGUUAUGGAUUUGUCCUCACCGCCGGAUACCGAUGGACAAUCAUGGGAACGUCGAUACUUGAUGGAACAUUGGAGUCAGUCGUCGUCAAUCACGGAAAACUUCCAACGACGAUGGGACAAGGAGUACAUUCAAGUACUUCAGGAACGACAUCAACAGUCGCAUCGACAGACGUCUACGGCGAAGGCCACCCCGAAGGUUGGAGAUGUUGUUCUGAUUGAAACGCCGAUGGUUGGAAGAACGAAGUGGCCGAUUGGACGGAUCGUCGAAGUGAAGACGCGGUCAGCGAAACUAAAAAAGGGAGCGACGAGAAGGAUCGUGGAAUAUCCUUGGAAACUUUUGUACCCACUGGAGACUGAGAUGAACGAGGCGACGGAGACUACUACUACUGACGAGACAGCAACAUCACCGAACGACGAAACGACACAGUCUCGAACCCCUAGAAGAUCAGUCCGAAUUGGUAACAGAAUCAACCAAGUGACAUUGGCUCUCACUCUGUUUGCUCUUUUCACAACAACGACAGCGGAAACGUUCGGAGACAAUGGGACGACUGAGGCGACAGGACAGGAAGUGGGAUCGUGGUCAACGAAGACGUCAUACGAGGCGAUUGGAUCGCUCAAGGACAGGCUCGGAUCAAUAAUGACUUCGUGGCUGUACACACUGGCAAUCUUCGGAGUUCUUCUGGCAAUCAAUGUCGCAAUCACAGUCAUGCGCGUUAUUGGAGGUGCUUACGAGACCACAGCAUGGAUUGUUCGACUGGUUGGAAUGGGAUCGCAAUGGAUCGGAAGACUGUGUUGUAAAUGCUUCGGAAGACGAUCGAGACAGCGACUCCCGACUAUCAUCGUUGCACUGAUGUUGAUUGGCAUGGCGGACGGAUGUAACGAAAUCGCUUCGAUUCAAGCUAACGAGAACGUUUGUGUCAUGGCUGGAAAGAAGAACACGUGCUACCUGAAUACGCUCUCAAUCUUGAAUGUACGACCGGACGGAUCAGUCGGAUGUUUUCGCGUCAAGAACGUGGAUCACACAUUGGAAACAUUCGUGGAAGUUCAAGCGGAAGCAAUCGUGUCAACAUGUAUACAGAAGUCACAUCACUUCACUCGGGAUUUCGACAUCACUCAUGAGUAUUCUCAUCGAUGCUCGGGAGCUGGAAGCUGCUCCGGAGAGAUUUGUGAAAAUCUCACGGCAAACGACACUAGUCUACCGGAAUUUUCAACGAUGUCGAAGAGCGCUCCUGGAUUCAGUCGAUGCUACAAAACAUGCGGUUGUGUGUCGUGUGGAGGAUGCUUUUGGUGCUCCCCAUCAUGUCUCUACUCGAGAUUGUUUGCGGUACCCAAAUCGACAUACGUCUACGAGAUUGUGACAUGCCCAACGUGGAAAACAGUUUUGGACGUCAGAGUUAACGGAGAUCGUGGAAAGCACCGGAUCGAACAUGGAGUACCAUUCUUGAUACCUCGGACGAACAUCACACUGGUCGUCACUGGAUUCUCGACACCACCGACUCCAGUGCACGCGGCAACGUUCAUCAAACGAUGGAAGACAACUGAUCAGAGUGCUCAAUUCGGCUUCACCUACACGUCUGUUGCGCAGGCGGGAACGCCCACCAAAGGGAUGGUGGGUGAAUUCCAAUGUGCAACCUAUCAAGACGCUCUCAACUUCCGAUGUCGAUUCGAUGAGAAUUUGUGCAGUUGCAUCGCGCAAGGAACCGUGCUCAGAGGUCCGUGUCGACACAUUCACCUCGAUGCGGUGCUCAAGAAGACGCUACUACCGAGAAGUGAAGCAGGGAUCGCCAUACUAACGGAAGGAGAACUGAUCAAAACGAAGCUGACAACGAGUUCUUUGGUUUCGAUUCAACUACAGUUCAGGAAUCAAUCGAUUCAUCGGAUCGUGAAAGACGACAACUGCAGCAUUGCAACGACGACGAUCACGGGUUGCUUCUCCUGUGGAAAAGGAGCGUUGUUGACUGCGACGUGUACCUCCAUGGUUCACAAAAGGAUCGAAGCGACGGUCAAGUGCCCGACGAUUGGGGUGGAUUUUCUAGAAUGCGGUAUCGGCGGAGUGCGAGGGAAAAUCAAUUUCCAUUCGACCCAGCGGAAGAUCGAGGAAACUUGUUCCAUUUCGUGUGGAACAGUUAAGCAGGAAUUCUCCUUGCAAGGAGAACUAGCGGAAGAAGCAACGUUCGAUGCGUCUGCACUUCGGGAUCGGUUUGCGGAUUUCACUCAGAAGAUCGGGGAAGGAGGAAUUUUCGAAGUCAUCACGGGAAAGAUAGCUGCCGUUUGGAGCACCAUCACUUCAUGGAUCGGCUCGGGAAUCGUCAUCAUGGUUGUGCUGGUUAUCGGAGGAGUAUGUUGUGUCCAGUGUGUCGGAGGAACGUCGGUUGGCUGGCGUUACAUUCCCUUUGCCCGGGAGUGUCGCAGAUCGCGAUAUCGACGACGGAGGAGAUGAUCAAUGACCACAUGGGAGAGCAUUCCCAUCGAUUCUCACGAUAA